AUGCCGGCCUCGCGCACCGGCGAGCGAAUCCGGAAGCGCCCCGCGUUCUCGCGACACGUGCGUCCCAGCCCCCGGAAGUGCCGCUCUCUCCCGGCCGGCGGGAAGCCGCGCCCUCGCCUCGCGUUCCGCAGGGAGCCGGCGGGGCUCUUUCCCGCGCGGGCACGGGGUCGCCAGCCCAGCGAGCGGCGUUCGGUGCCGCGACGUGGGGUUGGGUCGGGGAAGCUCCCAAGAGUAAACAGCCUGAGGGCCCCGCCCAGCGGGUCUGUCACAUUCCUCACCGACCAGACUCCCGACAUCUCUGCCUGGCCGCUGGCUUUGCUGAGGAUGAGGGAGCUUCGCCCCCCGGGGCCCUGCGCGUGGGGAGUCCUCACCUCUGCGUGCCUCCUCCUGGGCUGCUGGGGCCUCCCCGGUGUCCAGGGACUGCUUCAGGCUUCCGAGCCCCAGGAGGUGACUUCCUCCUCAGGCCCUGAUGCUGCCUUCCCAGGUACUCGCCUCCGGAGCCGCGCUGCCGAGGGGCGCGUCCUGCACCUGGAGCUGCUGGUGGCCGCGGGCCCCGACGUGCACCAGGCCCACCAGGAGGACACGGAGCGCUACGUGCUGACCAACCUCAACAUGGCGUCGGAACUGCUGAGGGACCCGUCCCUGGGGGCCCAGUUCCGAGUGCACCUGGUGAGGAUGGUCAUCCUGACGCGGCCCCAGGACGCCCCACAGAUCACAGCCAACAUCACCGCAUCGCUGCUGAGCGUCUGCGAGUGGAGCAGGACGGUCAACCCCCCGGAUGACGCGGACCCCGCGCACGCCGACCUGGUCCUCUACGUCACCAGGUUUGACCUGGAACUGCCGGAUGGCAACCGGCAGGUUCGGGGGGUCACCCAGCUGGGGGGCGCCUGCUCCUCCUCGUGGAGCUGCCUCAUCACCGAAGAUACUGGCUUCGACCUGGGGGUCACCAUUGCCCACGAGAUCGGGCACAGCUUCGGCCUGGAGCAUGAUGGCGCGCCCGGGAGCGGGAGCGGGUGCGGGCCCAGCGGCCACGUGAUGGGGACUGACGGCGCCGCGCCCACCCGAGGGGGCCUCGCCUGGUCCCCCUGCAGCCGCCGGCAGCUGCUGCACCUGCUCAGCGCAGGACGGGCGCGCUGCGUGUGGGACCCGCCGGGUCCGCAGUCCGGGCCUGCGGGGCGCCCUCCCCAGGCCCACCCAGGUCUCUACUACGGCGCGGACGAGCAGUGCCGCGUGGCCUUCGGCCCCUCCGCGGUGGCCUGCACCUUCACCCGGGAGGACACGGACGCGUGCCAGGCGCUCUCCUGCCACACAGACCCCCUGGACCUCAGCAGCUGCAGCCGCCUCCUCUUCCCGCUCCUGGACGGGACAGAGUGCGGCGCCCAGAAGUGGUGUUCCAAGGGUCACUGCCGCGCCCUGGCGGAGCUGGCCCCCAUGGGGGCAGUGCACGGGCACUGGUCAGCUUGGGGUCCCCCCAGUCCUUGCUCCCGCUCCUGCGGAGGAGGCGUGGUCACCAGGAGGCGGCAGUGCAACAACCCCAGACCUGCCUUUGGGGGGCGUGCUUGCACCGGUGCGGACCUCCAGGCCGAGAUGUGCAACACCCAGGCCUGCGAGAACACCCAGCUGGCGUUCAUGGCCGAGCAGUGUGCGGAGACCGAGGGGCGGCCUCUGGGCCUCUCCCCAGGCCAUGCCUCCUCCUACCGCUGGGGCCCAGCGGUGCCUCACAGCCAAGGGGACGCUCUGUGCAGACACAUGUGCCGGGCCGUUGGCGAGAGCUUCAUCAUGAGGCGUGGGGACAGUUUCCGGGAUGGCACCCGGUGUGUGCCAGGCGGCCCGCGGGAGGACGGGACCCUCAGCCUGUGCGUGCUGGGCAGCUGCAGGACGUUCGGCUGUGACGGCAGGAUGGAGUCCGGGCGGGUGCCAGACGUGUGCCAGGUGUGCGGAGGGGACAACAGCACGUGCAGCCCGCACAGCGGCUCCUUCACGGGCGGAAGAGCCCGAGAGUACGUCACGUUCCUGACGCUGACGCCCAACCUGACCAGCGUGCGCGUCGCCAACCACCGGCCGCUCUUCACACACCUGGCGGUGAGGAUCCGCGGGCGCUACGUGGUGGCAGGGAAUUUCAGCAUCUCGCCCAGCACCAGCCACCCCUCCCCCCUGGAGGACAGCCGCAUCGAGUACAGAGUGACGCUCACCGAGGACCGGCUGCCCCGCCUGGAGGAGCUCUCCAUCCCGGGGCCCACCCAGGAGGACAUGGAGAUCCAGGUGUACCGGCGCUACGGCGAGGAGUAUGGCAACGCCACCCGCCCGCACAUCACCUUCACCUACUUCCAGCCGAAGCUGCGGGCCUGGGCGUGGGCUGCCACGCGGGGGUCCUGCUCGGUGAGCUGUGGGGCAGGCCUGCGGUGGGUGACCUACAGCUGUCUGGACCAGGCCAGGAACCAGCGGGUGGAGGCUGCCCAGUGCGCAGGGAGCCCGCAGCCGGCGGCCUGGCCAGAGCCCUGCACGCCCGGGCCCUGCCCCCCGUACUGGGCCGCUGGAGACUUCGGCCCCUGCAGCUCCUCCUGCGGGACAGGCCUGCGGGAGCGGGCGGUGCGCUGCGUGCAGGCCCAGGGCCCCCGCCUGAGGACGCUGCCCGCUGCCUGGUGCGGAGCGCUGGCCCCGAAGCCCGCGGUGGUGGAAACCUGCCGUUCCCAGCCCUGCCCCCCCAGGUCGGGGGUGUCGGACGCGUGCUCAGUGGCCUGUGGAGCGGACCUGGCCGCACAGAAUGUCACGUGCGUGCAGGGGGCAGACGGCCUGGAGGCGCCCGUGACCGCCGGGCCCUGCUCUGCAGACCAGACACCAGCUGCCCUCGAGCCCUGCGUGGAGGGGGCCUGUCCUCCGGGCUGGGGCCCUCUGGACCCCCAGCCUCGCGGGGAGGAGGCUGCAUCCGCACCGGGCGGCCCCAGGCUGGGGGCUCGUGCUGCCCACGUGUGGACGCCCCUGGCGGGCUCCUGCUCCGUCUCCUGUGGCAGAGGCCAGAUGGAGCUGCGCUUCGUGUGCGUGGACUCCGCCCUGGGGACAGCUGUCCAGGAGGAGCUGUGUGACCCGGCGAGCAAGCCGGGGAGCCGGCGGGAGGUCUGCCAGGCUGCCCCGUGCCCGGCUUGGUGGCGGUACAAGCUGGCGGCCUGCAGCGUGAGCUGUGGGGGUGGGGUGGCGCGGAGGAUCCUGUAUUGUGCCCGGGCCCACGGGCAGGACGAGGACCAGAUCCUGCCGGACGCCCAGUGCCGGGGGCUGCCGCGGCCAGAGCAGCUGGAGGCCUGCAGCCCGCAGCCCUGCCCGCCCAGGUGGAAAGUCACGUCCCGGGGCCCAUGCUCAGCCAGCUGUGGCCUCGGCACCGCCCCCCGCGCCAUAGCCUGCGUGCAGCUGGACCGAGGCCAGGACACGGAGGUGGACGGGGCGGCCUGUGCGGCUCUGGUGCGGCCGCAGGCCAGCAUCCCCUGCGUCGUCGCCGACUGCGCUUACCAGUGGCACCUCAGCACCUGGACGCAGUGCUCCGUCUCCUGCGGGGAUGGCGUCCAGCACCGGCACGACACCUGCCUGGGACCCGAGGCCCGGGGGCCCGUGCCAGCCCACUUCUGCCAGCACCUGCCCAAGCCGGCGACGGUGCGGGGCUGCUGGGCCGGGCCCUGCGCAGGGCAGGGGACGCCCCGCCUGGCGCCCCGCGAGGAAGCCGCCGCUCCAGCGCAGACCACGGCUGGCCCUGCCGCCGCUUCCCCCGAGUGGCCCCAGCCCCGGGCCCGCCUCCUCUCCCAGGACAGCCCUCGGGGGGCCGGUCCCUGUGGCCGGCAGCACCUCGAGCCCACGGGAGCCAUCGACUUGCGAGGCGCCGGGCAGGCUGACUGUGCAGUGGCCAUCGGGCGGCCCCUGGGGGAGGUGCUGACCCUCCAAGUCCUGGAGAGCUCCCUCAACUGCAGCGCCGGGGAGAUGCUGCUGCUCUGGGGCAGGCUCAUGUGGAGGAGGGCGUGCCGGAAGCUGUCGGGCCUGACCUUCAGCUCCAAGGCCAACACCCUGGUGGUGACGCAGCGCCGUGUGCGGCCGCGAGGCGGAGUGCUGCUGCGCUACUCCAGCCGGCCUGCCGCGGGGGCCGUGCACAGAGAAUGUGACACGCAGCUCUUUGGCCCCCGGGGAGAAAUUGCCAGCCCCCUGGUGAGUUCGGCUGGGGGGAACGUGGGGGGCUGCCGCAUCUUCAUCGACGUGGCUCCGUGGGACCGUAUCGCCAUCCACGCCCUGGCCGCUGACAUGGGCACCGAGGGAGCUGAUGCCAGCUACAUCUCGAUCCGGGACAUCCGCAGUCUGAAGACGACGACGUUCCGCGGGCAGCAAGCGCUCUACUGGGAGUCGGAGGGCAGCCAGGCUGAGCUGGAGUUCAGCCAGGGCUUCCUGGAAGCCCAUGCCCGCCUGCGGGGCCAGUACUGGACACUCCAACCCCGAGCGCCGGAGCCCGGCCCCGCCCCGCCCUAGCUU